GGCAGCGCCAGGCAGACCUAUAAGAUCCAGUUUGCAGUAAAGUAUACAUGCAGGCUCAUUGGCUGCAGGCGGGUUGACACAGUUUCCCUGCCUCAUGCAGCUGUAGCGGGUGCUCGGAGCCUGUAGAGCCAGCAGGUGGUACUCUACUGUCGGGCUGUGUCCGGCUGUUGAACGCGAGCAGCCGGCUGGAUGAAGAGCAGAGAGCGCUGACCACCACAAACAAAGAGAAGAAAGCGGAUGCUGCCUCUCUGCUCGGGGAUGGACACACACGGGACUGCGGUCACUUCUGUCACCGAGGUCAGCUGCUCUGCCUCCGCCGGGUUGUGAGCUCCGCAGAAGGUGCUCGGUGGACUCCGGUAUCCGGGACAGGACAGGACGGUACCGACACUGUGCGGGCUGCAGCAGGCUGUGUGGUGCCUUGCAGAGAGAGACGUCUCCCCCUGGAGAAUAAAGCAUCUGGUAGAUCUCAGACUGAAAGAAACAGGAGACCAGGACCAGGACCUGCAGCUCCAGAGCGGAAUUAUUGUCAGACUCAGUAAAGGUUUACACCGACAUGGGAAGAGAAGUCUCAGUCACCUUGUAAGAUGUUUCCUCACCACAGAGAAAGGGAGCAGCCGAUCUUCAGUGCCCGGGCUCAUGUUUUCCAGAUUGACCCCACCACCAAGAGGAACUGGAUCCCCGCCAGCAAACAUGCCGUCACCGUGUCCUUCUUUUAUGAUGCCAACCGUAACGUCUACCGCAUCAUUAGCGUGGGUGGGACCAAGGCAAUCAUCAACUGCACCGUUACGCCCAGCAUGACAUUUACCAAGACGUCCCAGAAGUUUGGACAGUGGGCGGACAGCAGGGCCAACACUGUGUACGGUCUCGGUUUUGCUACAGAGCAACAGCUGCAUCAGUUCUCAGAUAAGUUUAAGGAGGUGAAAGAUGCAGCUCGUCUGGCACGAGAAAAGUCUCAGGAUAAAGAACUGGCCAACACGGCGCUCACCAUCGCUGCUCCUCAGUUCUCACAGGACCUCUCGGAUGAACUCCAGUCACCACCGGUGAUGUGUGUGAACGGACCGGAGGACAAACUGUUUCGCAGCCAGAGCGCGGACAUCACCCUGUCUUCUGAGAAGGAGCGCAUAAAAAAGAUGCUCUCUGAAGGGUCUAUCUGUGAGAUGAACCUGGAGGCCGAGCUCUUCACUCUGCAGGACAGCAACUCCAAACUGGUGGCGGCUUUGCACGAGGCUAAUGCUAAUGUGGAGCAGUGGAAGAAACAGCUGGCAGCGUAUCAGGAGGAGACGGAUAGACUUCGAGACCAGGUGGCUGAAUUAGAGGCUCAUGGAGGCCAAGGCCCCAGUGACCUGCUGAAGGAUGAACUGACCCAGUCCUUGGAGGAGCUGGAGGCCCUGCUGAAGGCCAAAGAUGAGGAAAUCCACAUUUUGCAAAGCAAAAAAGCAGAGUACCACGAGAUGGAACACGAGAGGGACCAGGCCAUCCACAGACUACGGGAGACGGAGAUGCGAAAUUCAGAUUUGGAGCGUCGCAUCCAGAACUCAGAGCAGAACCUGAAUAACUCUCUGGAGGAACGGGAUCGCAUGGACUCUGAAAUCCAGAGGGCCAUCGAAAUUCUGGACAUCAAGAUCUUUGACCUUAAUGACCUCCGCCAGAGCCUGGUGAAACUCAUUGACAAAUAAGAGGGGAAAAAAAUCCAACCCGAGAGAGAGAGAUGGAACAGAUGACAGGGUUAUAUUUUGUCGUGGCCAAUUCAGCGGAGUAAACAAAACAAAGAUGGAGCUGGUCCCAUGUCCUCUUCAAGCACAAGAACCACCUCGGCUCCAGGAAGGUUUCUCCAUGUCUGUGUUGCAGCAGUGGCUGUGCUGUACUCAGCUACAUACUGUAGUCGUUGGCCUAAGCAGCAGCAUUUACAUGGUUUUGCUUGUCCAGUUUAAUGUAACGCUUCAUGUUGCUUUCAAGGGUAACAUUCAAUGCAAUAAACCAACUUUAAGGUAAGUGCUUCACAGUGCUAGACAUUUAAUAUUGAGAAGUGGUGCUUGUAGUUUUAGUUUUUGUAGUAUGACUUUUGUACACACAAUGGCAUUGCAGUGUCAGUAUGAGUUAUAAGAGGCCUUGUUUUUUCAACAUCACAACAAAAUCCAUGCAAAUAGAGAAAGUGUAAGGUGAAUGCAAAUUUAAAAAAAAUACAUUUAAGAGAGCUGUAUAUUCAACAGCCUGCAUACAACAUCAGUAUCACUGAAUUUUCGAUUCAUGCAGAGAUAAACUUGUAUGUGUAUGGUCUUGUAGUUACACAUGCAUAAUGUAGCAGCUAUAAUGUGUAAAGUGAAAGACUGAGUGGUUCUUUUCCACAGAAAUAAGCAAUGCCAUGUACUAAAAGUCACUUAAAUAGUACGCUAAUAGUGUUUAAUAUUUGUGUAAGGCAUGGAAACACAAUUUCAACAUUAGAUCUGAAUAUUGACACCAAAGAUCAAAUGUUAAGUACAGAGUCAUUGAUAAGGUCGUCUAUCAGCACUACUUCACUAUAAGCUUGUAAGAAACCUUUAAAUAUAAGAUAAAAAAAGUACAUUGUAGUAGAUGAAGAUGCAGUAAUUACAUUUAGGACAAAUAAGUAUUUCCCACAUGAUAUAAAUCAAUAAUGCUACAGUUAUUAUGUGAACAAGGGAAAUAAAAAAAGUCAUCACUUACCGUAGAAUAACAGAUAAGUUUGAGCGAUCGUCCUGUGCAUCAUCUCCUAACAAAUCACUGACUUAGUAACUUAUUUAUGAUAGAUGCAUUCGAGGAAAUCUAAGAGACGUUUUCUGCCUUCUGUCAUUUUUCAGCACGUUACCUUUAGCUGUGGACAAUAUGCCAUACGCCUUCACAGAGUCUUUUAUCUCACAGACUGCAAUGUUUAACAUAGUCUGUAAUGCUAUGUUUUUUUUUUUGUUUUUUUUUCAAGCCUUAUUCUAUUUUAAGGGUGGUCAUCUACGUCUCAGACUUUGGGCUGUUGUCAUGACGGUUUGGAAAUAAAAGCAAAGAAUGCAGUCACUCAGUCAUUCUAAUGUACUUCUUUCUUUUAGUGUGUUUUCUAGUAGUAUUAAUGCAUGAGGUUUCAGCAAGUUAAUGAAAUUGAUUCAUAUUUAUCUUUAACAUAAAAUCCACAAGGUAAAACUGUGACACUAAUUGAGUUCAAUUAUUUGGCAAGGAAAAGAGCAUGCACUGUGCAGUUAGAGACGUUUGUGACCAGAUGGUUUGCAGUUUGUUGCCUGGAAUCGGCAGGAUAAAUGUGGGUGGGGAAAGGCAAACAACAGUCCUUGAUCUUCUCCCAUUACUACAGCUAAGAUGCCCUUAAAUUAAAGACCAUUACCCCCAGUGAAUAGAUGAGUUUGACCAAAGAGAGAAAAA